AUGAGUUCAGAAAGGCAAAGCGUGACUCCAAACCGCGCAAAUAUAAAAGGGGAAGACAAUAACAACCAAAAUAAUCAAACAAACGAUGUAUCAAAUUCUCCUGUAAAUAAUAAUUCAAAUAUCAAUGAAAAUGGUCAAGGUACAGUCAAAGAAAAUGAAAACGGUGUAAAUACAAAUAUACAAGAUAUUCAAACCGGAGGGCAAGAAAAUGACAAACCUUCUAUGGGACAAAAAAGGAGAUCACCAAAGAAAGAAAAAUCAACACCAAUGAUUGAAAAAGCCAAAACCGAAAACUUAAGUAAUAGUAAAAUAGGAAAUGAAAAUGAGAACCCAAAUGAAGGUAAAGAGAGGGAGGAAAUGGACAAACUUCAAAAAGCAAAAACAGAGAGGUUGGAAGAAGAGAGAAGAAGAGCAGAAAGGGAAAGAAUCGAAAAUUUCAAAAGUGAAAGAUUAGAUCUUGACAAACAAAGGGAAGAAAGGGAAAGUUUUGAAAAAAAGAAAACGGAGAAACCAGCUGAGGAAAAAGCCAAAGUGAAAGUUGGGGAAAAAAAUGAUGGGGACAAUGCAGCUAAUAAAGGAAUAUUGGUCAAGGCAAAAUCAAAGGAAGCAAAGGAAGCAAAGGAAGCAAAGGAAGCAAAUGAAGCAAAGGAAGCAAAGGAAGCAAAUGAAGCAAAGGAAGCAAAUGAAGCAAAGGAAGCAAAUGAUGAAAAAGAGAACGAUGAAGGAUAUCGUAAUCAUUAUGCAUCUGAAAGUAUUGAAAAUUUAUGUAAAGAAUUUGAUUUAGUAGAUAUAAAUAGAGGGUUAACUUUUGAGCAAGUUAAAAUAAAUAGAGAAAGAUUCGGAGAGAAUUUUAUUGAAAAAGAUUCUGUAACCCCAAUAUGGCUAAUAUUUUUAUCACAAUAUUAUAGUCCCGUUGUUAUGUUAUUAUUAGUUGCAGCAGUAGCUAGUCUUGCAUUAAAUGAAGUUGUAGAAGGAAUAUCAAUUAUUACUAUUGUUACAUUAAAUGCUUGUUUAGCUACUUAUAUGGAAAAAUCAUCAGGUGAUGCUAUAGCAAAAUUAGCUGAAAUGGCUUCACCACAAUGUACCGUAUUAAGAGAAGGACAAAAAAUGAUUAUACCAUCUCGGGAGGUUGUUGUAGGAGAUGUUGUUUUAAUAACAGCAGGAGAUUCAAUAUCUGCGGAUUUAAGAUUAAUAGAAGUUAUAGAAUUGAAAACUAAUGAAAGUUUAUUAACAGGAGAAUCAGAAGAUAUUAAAAAAACAUUAAUUCCAAGUGAUUAUACAACAGCUUUUUGUACGAACUUAUGUUUUGCUACUACAUCUGUAACUAAUGGAUGUGGUAAAGGUAUUGCUAUAUCUACAGGAUUAAAUACUCAAGUUGGCAAGAUAGCAUCACAAUUAAAAAAAUCAAGUGAAGGAAGUAAAUUAACACCAUUACAAGUUUCAUUAAAUAGAUUAGGAGGAUUGAUAGGAUUAAUUGCUAUUAUUGUUCUUAUGGUUAUUAUUACAUUAGCUAUUUUAAUUAAUUAUAAAGAUCCCGCACAUGCAGAUAAAGAUCCGCUUUUAGUAAUAAUUAUUAUUGGUGUUGGUUUUGCAGUAUCAUCAGUACCAGAAGGAUUACCUAUGGUUGUUACAAUUACAUUAUCGGCUGGAGCAAAAGAUAUGGUUCGAAAAAAUGCAAAUGUUAGAAAAUUGCCAGCUGUUGAGACUUUAGGAUGUUGUUCAGUUAUUUGUUCUGAUAAAACUGGUACUUUAACAGAAGGUAAAAUGACAGCAAUUAAUAUUGUCACAUUUUGUAGAAAUUCUAAAUUAAAUGAUAAAAAUGAAUUAACAAAAACUUAUGACUUUUAUCCAACCAAAGGAUUUGAACCAUAUGGUGGUAUUUUUGAUUCAUUAGAGUUAACAAGUGAAAUUAAAAAAAAAAUAGUUUUAGCCAAAAAUAAAAAUAUAUCAUUCGAUACUAUUUUACAAAAUUAUGGUAAUCCAGAAAAUAAAAAUUUAAAUGUAUAUAAAACAAGAUCAUUAAUGUUAGCUGCUUAUUUAAAUUCAUAUGAUACUACAUUAUCGAAAAAUCCUAAAACAGCAAAAUGGGAAAUACAAGGAAAUAUGAGUGAAGGACCUAUAGUUGUUGCAGCAGCAAAAGCAGGAUAUAGCAUUUUCAAUAAUUCUGAAAAUGCUGAAAAUAAUUAUCUUACAAAAUUUAAAAGAUUAGAAGAUUUAGAAAUUCCAUUUAAUUCGUCGAGAAAAAUGAAAGUCAUAUUUUAUAAACUAAUUGAAAAUGAUAAAUUUGAAAAUAUUAAUUUAAAAAAUAAUAAAUCAAAUACUAGCUACACACACAUAGCAUUUAUAAAAGGAGCACCAGAUAAACUCACAGAUAUAAGUACACAUCUAAUAAAAGAAGGUCAAAAUGAAUUACAAGUUUCAUGGGAUAAAAGAAUUACAGAUAAUGAAAAAUUAAUUUUAGCUAACAAAAAUAUUGAACUAUCACAAAAAGCUUUGAGAGUUUUAGCUGUAUGUAUUAAACCUUUAACAGAUAAACAAAUAGACCAUUUAAGAAAAUUAGAAGAUGCAGAUGAAAGAUUAUUAUUUAUUAAGAAUGAUGAACAAGGAGGAUUUAUACCUUUAGGUUAUAUUGCAUCAUUUGAUCCACCAAGAGCUGGAGUUAAAGAAGCUAUACAGACUUGUCGAGAUGCACAAGUUAAAGUUAUUAUGAUUACAGGAGAUCAAAAAACAACAGCUAUUGCUAUUGGUAAAUUAAUAGGAUUAAUUAAUAAUAAAAAAUCAGGAAACGACGACAUAAAAGAUAAUGAAAAAGAAGGAGAAGAAAAUAGUAAUACUAUUCAAGCUAUCGAAUGUUCAGAAUUACAUGUCAAUAAAAAUCCAAAUGAACCUAUUUUGCCAGAUGAUGAAUUAGAUAAAUUUGUUGACAACGUUUUAAUAUAUUCUCGAGCUCAACCAGAAGAUAAAAUAACUAUUGUACAAUCUUUAAAAAGAAAAGGAUAUUUAGUAGCUAUGACAGGAGAUGGUGUUAAUGAUGCACCUGCAUUAAAAGCAGCAGAUAUUGGUGUAGCUAUGGGAAUUAAUGGAACAGAAGUUGCCAAAGGUGCAUCUGAAAUGAUUCUAAUUGAUGAUAACUUUUGUACAGUUGUUAGUGCUAUAGAUGUAGGAAGAACUAUAUAUUCAAAUAUUCAAAAAUUUGUAUGCUUUUUACUUGGAACUAAUAUCGGAGAAAUUAUAUAUUUAUCUGUUUCUAUAAUUACACAAAUGCCAUUUCCUUUAGAAGCAUUACAAAUAUUAUUUUUGAAUUUAAUGACUGAUGGAUGUCCAGCUGUUGCUUUAUCAAGAGAACCACCAAAUGCUGAUAAUAUGAAAACCCCACCACGACCUAAAAAACAACCAAUUAUGACAAAAAGAUGGUGGUUAUAUGGAAUUCUACCUCAUACUAUUUUUGAGGCUAUAUGUGUUUUAUUAUCAUUAGCUUUUUCAUUAUAUAUAUGUACAGGAAGUUAUACAUUAAAUGAUAUACAUAAUUCAUGUAGAACUGUUAAUAUUCCAAAUAGUUCUGACCCAUCAGAAUUUUUUGAAUAUAAAUAUUUUUGUAGUACUUAUGAAUAUAGAAUUUCACCAGAUUACACUGGUUGGAUUACAAAUUUGAAUUUUUGGGACCCAAGAGAAAAUAAACCAAUAACAUUUUGGGGAGCAGCAAAAGGAAAAAUCGAAAAUAUUACACCAACACAUGAAUCAAUACAUCCAGAUGUAAGAAUAAUUAUGCAAAGUGGUUGUUUAAACGAUUUGCAAACAGAUGAAUAUGGUUGGUGUAAACCUUCAAGUGAUGCAACCGUUGAAAGUAAUGAUGAUCAUGUUAAAGGGGCAUUUAAUAGACAUUUUGAAGAUAUAUCAUCAAAAGGAUCAAAAAGAGGUAGAACUAUGGCUUUUAUAUCUGCAGUUUGGUGUGAAAUGCUUAGAGCAUAUACUGUAAGAAGUUGGGAACCAUUUUAUAAAGUUUUUAAUAGAAAUAUGUGGAUGCAUUUGGCUUGUAGUAUAUCAGCUACUAUGACAUUUUUAGCAACAUGUAUCCCAGGUAUCACAUCAAUAUUAAAUACAGAAUGUUUAUUGUGGUGGCAAUAUUUAAUAGGAAUAUCCUGGGCUUUACUUAAUCUUAUCUUAGAUGAAAUAGUCCCCAAAGUUAUAUAUAGAAGAAAAUAUAUGUCAAUAAAAAAUUAG